AUGACUCUCAUCGUUGCAGACGACGAGGAGAUUGACUGUGAGAAGAUAUCGGGGAUAAGGCCGAAGUUGUCGGGCCGAUUGUGGCAGCCUGUUUUGCCUCUCGCCAUGUCGAACGAAAGCCCGAUCGUUGUUGCGCCCCGCCCUGUGCGCCUCGCCUCUGCCUUCUUCUCGCGCAGACAGGACACAGAAGACCUCAAGGUCUCCUUCUUCGCGGAUAUCCGGGAGAGCCCGUCCCCGGCGAGCGCCGAGCAGCCCCGCUCGCUGUCCCGCUCACCCUCCUAUUCCCGCCCCCCGAGCUCCGCGCUGCCCUCCGAGGCCCUCGACGAGUUCCUCUCCAUCCUCCGCCCCACCUUCGCCCGGAAGCCCCGCCCCGCCGCCUUCCCGGCCUUCCUCCCCGAGCGGCCCCUUGCCUUCCGGCCCCUCCAGCGCAUCGACGGCCCUGCGCCGGCCGACCGUGCUGAUCUCGACCCCCGCGACGACCACCUGCCCACCCCCGACGAGCACACCGAGCCCAGACAGCCCCAGCAGGAGCUCGAUGUCCGCUGGUUCUCCUCCUCCCUCCUCUCCUCCCCCAUCUCCCGUAUGCACACCCGCAACCCCUUCCAGCGCAACCACGACACCCACUCCCCAGUCCCGUCGCCCUCCCCCCUCAGCCCCGCAGCCGUUCCACUCCCCGCACCGUCGCCGACCGAAUUCCUCGACACCAUAUGA